AUGACGGACACAACAGAUGAUAUAGCCGAGGAAAUCUCCUUUCAAGGCUUUGAUGACUACUGUAAACUGCUUAAAAGUUUAUUAAACGAUGUGUUGCAGAGAGAAGUUGGUGCUGAAUUCGUCGAUAAACUUGAACGCAAUCGUACUCUUGCUCAGACUGCUUGUAAUUUGAGACUGGCGGGGAUAGAAGACACAGCUGAGUUGCUGGAGAAGCAGCUCGCAUCAGAGAUAUCAAAGAUGACAUUGGAGGAAGCCUUGUCACUUGCUCGUGCCUUUAGCCAUUAUCUUAAUUUGAUGGGAAUUGCUGAGACCCAGCACAGGGUACGUAAGACAAGAGAUUUGGCGCAUCUAUCAAAAUCUUGCGAUGAAGUCUUUAAUCAGCUGUUGCAGGGUGCAACAUCAGCUGAUGAACUUUAUGACGCUGUUUGCAAGCAGAAGAAGUUUCAAAUUGCAAUCCUUGUUGCUGGGGUUUCUGAAAAAUUCAGGGACACGUCAACUCAGCCGAAAGAAUUUAAUAGGCUUCAUUUGCAUCUUUUAGAAUACAAUGAUCGACCUGAUCUUACGAAGGAAGAUAGAGAAAUGCUUAUUGAAGACUUGGUAAGAGAGAUUACUUCAAUAUGGCAGACAGAUGAGCUUAGACGCCACAAACCUACGCCAGUAGAUGAAGCCAGGGCUGGCUUGCACAUUGUGGAGCAGUCUCUAUGGAAAGCAGUACCUUACUUUUUACGUCGUGUCAGCAAUGCUUUAAAGAAGCAUACAGGAAAGUCACUUCCGUUAACUUGCACGCCAAUAAAGUUUGGGUCUUGGAUGGGGGGUGAUAGAGAUGGAAAUCCAAAUGUUACAGCAAAGGUAACACGGGAUGUCUCUCUCUUAUCCAGGUGGAUGGCUAUCGACCUUUACAUUCGAGAAGUUGAUAGUCUCAGAUUUGAACUCUCGAUGACUCGCUGCAGUGAUAAGUUGUCAAGAGAGGCACAUGACAUUCUAGAACGAGAAACUUCACCAGAUGAUCGACAUGAGAGUUGGAAUCAACCUAUGAGCAGAAAUCAAACAAAGGUUCAUGGCCAACAAGCUCCACCACUUCCCACACAACUUCCAGCUAGAGCUGAUCUUCCUGCCUGCACUGAAUGCGGCGAUAAAUCUGGAUCACAGUAUCCUAAACUAGAACUUCCAGGGACUAAUUACAUGUCAUUGAAUCGUCAGGAUAUUCAGGGUUCUUCAAAGUUAGAAUCUUCAUCCCAAGAUUCUAGUCAUGGUUCUAGCAAAUCAAUUGCAAAUGGAAGUAUUGCUAAUUCUAACAGCAACCAAUCAGCUCUAAGUCCACGUGGAUCUUUCACCUCCAGUCAACUCCUUGCUCAGAGAAAAAUUUUCUCAGAAUCUAAGAUAGGAAGAACCAGUUUUCAGAAGCUUCUGGAGCCAAGCCUGCCUGAACGUCCUGGAAUUGCUCCUUAUAGAAUUGUUCUUGGUCAUGUAAAAGAUAAGCUUGUGAAGGCUAGAAGACGGCUGGAACUUCUUCUUGAGGAUCUUCCGUGUGAAUAUGAGCCGUGGGAUUACUAUGAGGCAACAGACCAGUUGUUAGAACCGCUGCUUCUAUGCUAUGAGUCUCUGCAAUCUUGUGGAGCUGGGGUGCUAGCAGAUGGCCGGCUGGCUGACCUGAUAAGAAGAGUUGCAACAUUUGGAAUGGUAUUAAUGAAGCUUGACUUGCGUCAGGAAUCUGGUAGACAUUCUGAAGCACUAGAUGCAAUCACCAAAUAUUUGGAUAUGGGAACAUAUAGCGAGUGGGAUGAAGAAAAGAAACUGGAAUUCCUAACAAGAGAGCUCAAAAACAAGAGGCCACUAGUUCCUCCCACCAUUCAGGUUGCUCCUGAUGUUAAAGAAGUCUUGGAUACAUUCCGUGUUGCUGCUGAGCUAGGGAGUGAUUCACUUGGAGCAUAUGCAAGUGACGUCCUUGCUGUGGAGCUUUUACAAAAAGAUGCCCGUCUUGCUGUUAGUGGUGAGCUUGGGAGACCAUGUCCUGGAGGAACGCUGCGGGUGGUUCCAUUGUUUGAAACUGUGAAAGAUCUUAGAGGGGCUGGUGCAGUUAUCAGGAAAUUAUUAUCAAUUGAUUGGUACUCGGAGCACAUUGUAAAGAACCAUAAUGGGCAUCAGGAGGUGAUGGUUGGAUAUUCUGAUUCUGGUAAAGAUGCUGGACGGUUCACUGCUGCAUGGGAACUUUACAAAGCACAAGAGGAUGUUGUGGCAGCAUGCAAAGAUCAUAAAAUUAAAGUAACUCUAUUCCAUGGGCGAGGAGGGAGUAUUGGUCGCGGUGGUGGACCAACAUAUCUUGCCAUUCAAUCUCAACCACCAGGUUCUGUAAUGGGUACUCUGAGGUCAACUGAGCAAGGAGAAAUGGUGCAAGCCAAGUUUGGGCUGCCACACACAGCUGUUAGACAGUUAGAGAUAUACACAACUGCAGUUCUACUUGCUACAUUAAAACCCCCAGUGCGACCUCGAGAAGAAAAAUGGCGUAAUCUCAUGGAUGAGAUUUCAAAUAUCAGCUGCCAAAGUUACCGGAGCACAGUAUAUGAAAACCCAGAAUUUCUGGCCUACUUUCAUGAGGCUACUCCACAAGCUGAGCUUGGUUUCCUUAACAUAGGAAGCCGACCCACAAGAAGAAAGAACUCGACAGGAAUUGGACAUCUUCGUGCCAUUCCAUGGAUAUUUGCAUGGACCCAAACAAGAUUUGUUCUUCCAGCAUGGCUUGGAGUUGGGGCAGGUUUGAAGGGUGUUUGUGCGAAGGGACAUACUGAAGACUUGCAAGCAAUGUACAAAGAAUGGCCUUUUUUCCAAUCUACUAUAGACCUUAUCGAGAUGGUUCUGGGGAAGGCAGACACUUCGAUAGCGAAGCACUAUGAUGACGUCCUUGUAUCUGAUGAGAAAAGGAGAGAGCUUGGUGCUGAAUUAAGAAGGGAGCUCCUAGCAACGGAGAAGUAUGUGUUGGUGGUGAGUGGGCAUGAGAAGCUAUCAGAAAACAACAAGAGCUUGAGGAGGCUCAUCGAGAGCAGGCUCCCUUAUCUCAAUCCCAUGAAUAUGUUACAGGUUGAGGUUCUAAAGAGGUUGAGGAGGGAUGACGACAAUCAUAAGCUUAGAGAUGCGCUGCUUAUUACUAUAAAUGGUAUUGCUGCUGGGAUGAGAAACACAGGUUGA